GCGCGAGACUCGUAGAGAGAGAGAGAGCGAGAGAGAGAGAGUGAGAGAGAAAGAAAGAGAGAGAGCAUGGGGCGCGCGGAUCGGCUGGAAUAAGAAACAAUUCCCAACACUUUUAAAAACUUUCUCAACUCGGCCGACAGAUAUGGAUACCAUCAUUUUCAGCAUGGUAGUCCUGCACACUGCGUUUGGAGGCGCUGGAGCCCAGUACACACCCGCUCAAAUGGGACAUGCGGAGAAAGGCGGCUGCAGCUUCGAUGACGGCCCAGCUCAGUGUGACUACCAGCAGGACCCUUACGACGACUUCGACUGGACACACGUCAGCGCUCAGGAGGUGCCGUACCUGCCCUCUGACCUGCCCCAGGGCUCGUACAUGAUGGUGGACACCUCUCAGCACGACUACGGAGAAAAGGCUCGCCUUCAGCUGCCCGUGAUGAAGGAAAACGACACUCACUGCAUUGACUUCAACUAUCUGCUGUUCUGCCCGGACGGCUCCAGCUCCGGGACGCUCAACAUCCUGGUGAAGGUCAACAAGGGGCCGCUGGCCAACCCCAUCUGGAACAUCACGUCCUGCACCGGCCGAGACUGGAUGAAGGCGGAGCUCGCUGUCAGCACCUUCUGGCCCAAUGAGUAUCAGAUAAAUCCCCUCACUUCCUGCGUCUGGGGGACGUGGAGGUGAAUGCCGGACAGAACGCCACGUUCCAGUGCAUCGCCACGGUCCGGGACGCGGUCAACAACAAGCUCUGGCUGCAGCGGCGUAACGGAGAGGACAUUCCAGUGGCGGAGAAGAAGAACAUCAACCACAGGAAGUUUGCGGCCUCCUUUAGACUGCGCGAGGUGACCAGCCAGGACCAAGACCUGUACCGCUGCGUCACCCAAUCAGAGAGAGGCUCCGGCGUCUCCAACUUCGCUGGGCUCAUAGUCAGAGAGCCCCCGAGACCCAUCGCUCCGCCUCAGCUGCUGGGCGUCGGGCCCACGUACCUGCUGAUCCAGCUGAACGCCAACUCCAUCUUCGGGGACGGCCCCAUCAUCCUGAAGGAGGUGGAGUACAGGAUGACUUCUGGAAGCUGGACCGAGACCCACGCCGUCAACUCGCCCAAUUACAAACUCUGGCACCUGGAUCCCGACACCGAGUACGAGAUCCGAGUGUUGCUGACCCGUCCGGGAGAGGGGGGAACCGGGCAGCCCGGGCCGGCUCUUAUCACCAGAACCAAGUGUGCAGAACCCAUGCGGACGCCCAAGAGUCUGAAGAUCGCGGAGACGCAGGCGCGCUACAUCGCCGUGGACUGGGAGUCGCUGGGCUACAACAUCACCCGCUGCCACACCUUUAACGUCACCAUCUGCUACCACUACCACAAAACCCCCAACCAGAGCAAAGCCGACUGCCUGGAGAUGGACCCCAAAGCCCCCCGACACGUGGUGGGAAACCUGCCUCCCAACACCAACGUCAGCCUGAAAAUGAUCCUCACCAACCCGGAGGGACGCAAGGAGAGCGACGAGACCGUCAUCCAGACGGAGGAGGACGUUCCCGGUCCAGUCCCCAAGGAGUUUGUGCGAGCGACUCCGUCUGAGGACAAGAUCUCACUGCAGUGGAAAGAGCCUCUGGAGCCCAACGGCAUCAUUACCCAGUAUGAGAUCAGCUACAGCAGCGUUCAUUCGUUCGACCCGUCGGUGCCGCUGCUGAGGCCGCCGGUGCUCGUGCCGUUACCCUGGAACACCUCGCGACACAACUUCACACAGCUGCACCCGGGAACCACAUACCAGUUCCUGAUCCGGGCCAGCACCAGCAAGGGAUACGGACCCCCGACCACUCUCAACGUCACCACCAACAUAUCAGCGCCGACUCUAGAGGAGUAUGAUGGGUCCGAGGCGUCCCUGAACGAGACGGCCACCACCAUCACCGUCCUGCUGAAACCUGCCCAGGCUAAAGGAGCUCCUAUCAGCUCGUAUCAGAUCGUGGUGAAGGAGAUCAGCCCUCAGCGGGCGCGGCGGGAGGCUGGCGGCGGCGAGUGUUACCGCGAGCCCGUGUCCUAUCAGAGCGCCGCCAGCACGGGCCUGCCGUACUACUUCGCCGCGGAGCUGCCGCCCAGGAAUCUGCCGGAGCCGCUGCCGUUCACCGUGGGGGACAACAAGACGUACCACGGCUACUGGAACGCCCCCCUCGCUCCCCGCAAGAACUACAACAUCUACUUCCAGGCGGUCAGCAGCGUGGAGAAGGAAAGUAAAACGCAGUGUUUGAAACUGGCAUUUAAAGGGGCCACAGAGGAGCCGGAAGUGAUCCCAGAUCCGGCCAAGCAGACGGACCAGGUGGUGAAGAUCGCGGGCAUCAGCGCUGCCGUGCUGGUGUUCAUCCUGCUGGUGCUCGUGGCCAUCCUCCUGCUGAAGAAGAGGAGGAGCUACUAUUCGUACUCAUAUUACCUGAAGCUGGCCAAGAAGCGCAAGGAUGCCAUCGGGAAUACGCGUCAGGAGAUGACACACAUGGUGAACUCCAUGGACCGCAGUUAUGCUGACCAGAGCACUCUGCACGCGGAGGAGCCCGUGUCCGUCACCUUCAUGGACUCGCACAACUUCAGCAACCGCUUGCCUAAUGAUCCUCUCGUGCCGACUGCUGUAUUAGUGCCUAUCACUGACGAGAACCACACGGCGGCGGCGGCGGCGGCGGAGAACAGCAGACUGCUGGAUAUCCCACGCUACCACUGCGAGGGCACGGAGUCGCCCUAUCAGACCGGACAGCUGCACCCCGCCAUCCGGGUGGCAGACCUGCUGCAGCACAUCAACCUGAUGAAGACCUCCGACAGCUACGGCUUCAAGGAGGAGUACGAGAGCUUCUUUGAGGGCCAGUCUGCUUCAUGGGAUGCAGCAAAGAAAGAGCAAAAUCGAACGAAGAAUCGAUAUGGGAACAUCAUUGCAUACGAUCAUUCUCGAGUGAUCCUGCAGCCAAUGGAAGACGACCCCUCGUCCGACUACAUAAAUGCCAACUACAUUGAUGUAAGUGGCGAUGCCGCCUCCUCCUCCAUUGGCGAACGUGUGAGAAACGUCUCUCCCUCCCUCAUUUGGCUGUACAGGGAUGGAUACCAAAGGCCCAGCCAUUACAUUGCAACUCAAGGCCCGGUCCACGAGACGGUGUACGACUUCUGGAGGAUGAUCUGGCAGGAGCAGUCGGCCUGUAUCGUCAUGGUAACCAACCUAGUGGAGGUGGGCCGGGUGAAAUGCUAUAAGUACUGGCCGGAUGAUGCUGAAGUGUACGGAGAUUUCAAAGUGACGUUUGUGGAGGUGGAGCCGCUUGCUGAAUACGUUGUCAGGACUUUCACUCUGGAGAGGAGGGGUUUUAACGAGGUGCGAGAGGUGAAGCAGUUUCAUUUCACCGGCUGGCCCGAUCACGGGGUCCCGUACCACGCCACAGGACUGCUGUCAUUCAUCCGCCGGGUGAAGAUGUCCAACCCUCCCACCGCCGGGCCCAUCGUGGUCCACUGCAGUGCGGGAGCCGGGCGGACAGGAUGUUACAUCGUGAUUGACAUCAUGCUGGACAUGGCAGAGAGAGAGGGGGUGGUGGACAUUUACAACUGCGUCAAAGCGCUGCGCUCCAGGCGAAUCAACAUGGUUCAGACCGAGGAGCAGUACAUCUUCAUCCACGAUGCCAUCCUGGAGGCGUGUCUGUGUGGCGAGACGGCGAUUCCCGUGUGCGAGUUCAAAGCCGCGUACUACGACAUGAUCCGCAUCGAUUCCCAGAGCAAUUCCUCUCACCUCAAAGACGAGUUCCAGACGCUGAACUCAGUGACCCCUCAGCCUCAGCCUGAAGACUGCAGCAUUGCACUCCUUCCUCGAAAUCACGACAAGAACCGCUUCAUGGACAACCUCCCGCCCGACCGCUGCCUGCCCUUCCUCAUCACCAUCGACGGAGAGAGCAGUAAUUACAUCAACGCCGCGCUCAUGGAUCCGUCAGAAGAGUACCAGAGCUACAGGCAGCCGGCCGCGUUCAUCGUGACCCAGCAUCCACUACCCAACACCGUCAAGGACUUCUGGAGGCUGGUGUACGAUUAUGGAUGCACCUCCAUCGUCAUGCUGAACGAGAUCGAUUUGGCUCAGGGUUGUCCUCAGUACUGGCCGGAGGAGGGGAUGCUGAGAUACGGGCCUGUACAGGUGGACUGCAUAUCCAGCUCGAUGGACUGCGACGUCAUCAGUCGUCUCUUCAGGAUAUGCAACCUGACCAGACCUCAGGAAGGUUACCUGAUGGUCCGACAGUUCCAGUACCUGGGGUGGGCGGGGCAUAGGGAAGUCCCCGCCUCCAAGCGCUCGUUCCUCAAACUGAUCCUCCAGGUGGACAAAUGGCAGGAGGAGUGUGAGGAAGGCGACGGACGCACUAUUAUACACUGCCUGAAUGGAGGCGGCCGCAGUGGGAUGUUCUGUGCCAUCAGUAUUGUGUGUGAGAUGAUAAAGCGGCAGAAUGUUGUUGACGUCUUUCAUGCGGUGAAGAGUCUGAGGAACAGCAAGCCCAACAUGGUGGACAGCCCGGAGCAGUACCGCUUCUGCUACGACCUGGCCCUGGAGUACAUCGAGACGUCCUAAUGGACACCGCCGUGGAAAUGUCUGUGCAUCCGUGUUGACUUCAUGGGACUCAAGUGCCCCCCGGUCGAGUUCAUGUUUGGUUUUGUUCUUUUUUUACAGCCAUUUGAAACACAAAGGCCGAGCUGUUGCAUGCUGAAGACGCUCUUGAUUUGCGUGUGUCUGUCACUGUUCCUGUUGAUAACAUGUGUAGCUGUACUCGUGUAGAUGGACAUCGCUUGACCGGAGAGCACUGAACUCCGCUCUAAUGGCUGGCUUAUUACGUUUCUUCUUUUCCUUUUUGGUAGCAGAUGAUGAGCAUAAGCCAAAGACUUGUGUAAAUAUGUCUAUAGGGAUGAAGCACAUUGUUUGUAUUUAUUGUUUACUUGCAUUUUUGAAAGCUCAAAACAAUCAUUAUCAUUCCCCGUUUAGCCGAAAUUUUCACUGCAAACACUCUUUGUAUGAGACGGAUUUAAGUAGUGUUAUUUUUUUGUUGUAUUUGAAAAAUGUAUUAUUUGAAAGCUUUUACGUGUUAUUAGUGUUUUAUUUUUUACGUAACGGUCGUGAUUUUGUUGGUUUUUCCGAGGAGAUCUCCGAGAGGGACUCUGGAGAAAAGAGAAGAGCUCUAUUUUUUCUGAUGUUUUCACAUUUGUAUUGUGCUGGAAAUGGAGAAGAAGAAAAAAACACAAACAAUGAAGUGUAUCAUGAAAAAUAUAUACAGUAUUAGACUCUAGUGUAUUUAGGAUCAAAGCCAAUUUAAGAAGAAAGUUACAGCCAAUAUUGAUGCUGAUUUUAUAGAAAACAAAACAACAACAAACAACAAAAUUCAUCAUGUGAAAUAAGUUAUGUAUUUUUUGUCUGUAGUUGUUGGCUUUAUGGCUGUAAUACAAUGUCAAAAGGUACAAAUACUUUGAAUAAAAAAAGGACAUGUGAAAUAA